AUGUCUCAGACCAAAACCAUCCUCAUCCUCGGCGGCUCCUACGGCGGCGUCGCCACAGCCCAUUACCUUCUCAAACACGUUAUCCCCUCUCUUCCCCAGAAAGAAACCUACAAAAUAGUCCUUGUCAGCACGUCGUCGCAUUUUUUCUGCAGGCCAACCAGUCCCCGCGCUCUGACCUCGGAAGAUGCUUUCCCAAAGGACAAACUGUUUGUACCCCUGACCAAGGCCUUUUCACAGUAUGACUCUGGUUGUAUUCAACUGGUCACUGGAACUGCCCUUCGCCUGGAUCACAUAAACCGAACCGUCUCUGUUUGCAUAUCUGCAGACAGCGCGGAGCAAAAAAUUGAUUAUCAUGCUCUCAUCAUUGCCACCGGUGCGACGGCGACGUCUCCUUUAUUCGGUCUGUUUGGGGGUCACACCAAGACUGAGGAAGCAUGGGUGGAAGUACGGAAGCAGCUUCCAGAUACAAAAACGAUCGUAAUUGCUGGAGGAGGUCCCACAGGCGUUGAGACUGCCGGUGAACUAGGACAGUAUCUGAACGGCCGAGGUGGCUUGUUUGGUGGUAGCAGCAGCAUCAACAAGACCGCCAUCACAAUAGUCACUAGAAGUAGCCAAAUACUUCCAGACCUCCCACUCCCACUUGCACAAAAGGCUGAAGCGCAACUAGCCAAACUUGGUGUCUCAGUGAUCAAGAACCGCAAGAUCAUCGGCGUAACACCGCCAGAUGCAGGUGCCAUAGCCAAAGACGAUAGUGAUCUGAUGCACAUCACAGAUAGCGUGGAAAUAACCCUGGACAAUGAAAAGUCUAUCAAAGCGGACCUCUACAUUCCUGCUACUGGCGUUUCGCCUAAUACCGCCUUCAUUGACAAAGUACUGUUAGACGGCGAGGGCUAUGUGAAUGUUGACUCCACCUUACGCGUGAAAAACGGCGCGGGCCCCAGGGUCUAUGCUAUUGGUCAUGUCAGCUCAAGCCAGCCUCGAGCGAUUCAUGCCAUUAUGAAUCAGACUCCCGUGCUAUGUGAGAAUUUGAAACUGGACCUUUUGGCUGGCGAGGGUCAGAAUGGUAGUGGGUACCGCGAGCUCGCACCUGAGACCAAGAAAAGCCAGCUUGUGGUUAUUGGAGGAGGAGGGGUUGGGGUGGCUUUUGGAUGGAAGAUUCCUGGAUUCCCGGUGUGGUUGAUCAAAGGAAGAGAUUAUUGGCUGGGGAUGACUCCGGGGAUGUGGAAUGGCAAGCAGUUUGAAAAGGCUGGAUAA